UUCAGACAGAUUCACAACUCAACCUGAGCAGUAUCGGGUCCAUUUUAGGUGAUUCUAUGCUUCAAGUCUCUAGUUUCUCUGCUGAACAAAAGCAACAAUGUGGGCCAGAGGAUUCGUAUUUCUCAUUGGUGCUUUUUACUUCUCUACAGAGAUUCUACACUCACAACAUGUUUCAGCACAGGACAUUUAUGUGGCUGAGUUGAUGGUGGAGAGUAAUGUCACUUUGGAGGCAGCAACCAUUUUGGGGAUCCUAAACAACAUCACCACCCUGACCGUUACCGACGCGUUAUCAGUGGAACAUCAAGUCACUUUCAUGCAGACUGAGAGCGUCGCAGAAUGCCUCAUUGUUGGAUUGGAAACUGCUUGUAACUGUUCUGCUGGCUAUAUCUGGAGCAAUGAGAUUUGUUACAACUAUAACUGCUGCCGUGAGACCACCUGUUACCAGAACGUGUCCUACAUCAGCCCCCUCUGCAUCCCCAAAAUACCGGUUUAUAUCAAUGGCUCAGUGACGAUGAACACUCGAGCUUGGGCUAUCACAGAUGAACCCACGCUUAAAACUGAAUUUGAAAAACUUAAUGGCUUUGAGUCACUGAACAUUACAGGCCAGAGGUUAUCUGGUACUUUGUCCGUCGCCGACUUUGAAGUUGGAUUGAGUGUCAAAUUUGAGACAUAUCGACUUCAGGACAUCAUUAACACUCUGCAGUCCCUCCUGGCAGCAUACAUACGCGUGGACACAACCGGCCUGGUGCAUAUUGAAUCGCCUCAGUAUAAAGUGUGCUACCAGUCAAGCCCGAUCCUGAAGUGCACUUUUGAUGAGGUCACCCACAAAGCGGGCUGGAACAUGAGCACUACGUUUGAGCGAUUCGAGCUGAACAACGGCAGUGUGGUGCUGCUGGACCACGCCUGUGGGACCCUAACCUACCCCUCCUGUGUGGCAGUCACCCUCCAGAAAGUGACAGGUGUCUGGGAAGGGACAUAUGAGUGUGGCUUCACUAAAGGCUCAGUGCGGCACAUAGCCAAAGCUUACCUGAGUGUGGCCCGGCUGCCUGACACCAUCCUGCUCACCACAAAUCCAAUCACAGGAGACUGCUCUGCCCUGGAAUCCACCUCAUCUAUCACUAUCAAGAUCACCACCACAAUACCGAAAACCAACAACUCUUAUGUAUUCAACUGGAACUACAAAACACAGGGCACGGCCACACCUGUAGAUGCAGUUAAAAACAUCAACUAUAUUUUCAACGUAAUGAUGAGUUGUGUGAAGGUUUUGACUGCUCAGACCGUCUCUGUGACUUUUAAAAAUGACAUCAACCAAACAAAGACGGCGUCAGUGACUAUCCCUGUCAUAUACGGUGGGGCAAAGUUUUGUCCAGAAGAAACAAUAAAUGGAGCCGUGUGGCCCAAGACUCCAGCAGGAGACACAGCUGUCAAUAACACGUGUCCAGUGGGCAGAGUGGGCUUCCAGACACGCACCUGUACGGGCACUAUCUGGGACCAGGUCUUCGACUUCUGCGUCAACCAGGAACUCAACAAAAUCUCCAACGCGGCAGAAAGUUUUCUGAAAGGCAUGGGUGCGACAGAAGAUGUGGCUCUGGACAUAUUCAGUGGUCUUAACAACAACACGGAUACCGGCGGAGGCGGUGACAAUAUAGCAGAUCUCACGGCUUCCAUUAAUGUGAUGGAUAUGAUGGCGCAGGCAUCCAAAAAUGUUCCCUUGGGAGAGAAAGUCCUCCCUUCUUUUGUCAGUGCUGCGAGCAAUAUGUUGAACAAGACCUGGACUAAAGUCAAUAACACCGUUCUGCACUACAUGUCUGCAAAUUACCUUGAAUCUUUGGAGGGGUUGGUGGAAAAUAUUAAGGUGAACUUGUCAAACAACAAUAGUGACUACAACACACAAAACUUGGAUCUGAAAUACUGCUCUGGAGAUGACUGUAGCGUUGAUGUUUUUGGGAUCAAUGUGAACCUGAACAAGUCGAGUGGCAUUAUGAAAACAGUUGCAGUUAAAAAUCUCAUGUCCAAACUCAGAAACACCUAUAAGAGCUCAACUAGCACCGAUCUCUUGGUAUCAACCACUCUGGAAGACAACAACGACUCAAACAUACAGAUCAAAAUGGCAUUCACCGCAACUCCAAACGAUCAACAAGUACCGCAUUGCGUUUUCUGGAACCCCAAGACAAAAGAUUUCGAAGAUACAGGGUGCCAAGUAGCCAGUAAGGUUAAUCGUAGUGGGGUGCUUUGCGAGUGCAUGCAUCUAACAUCUUUCUCUGUGCUGAUGGCUCGUGGUGAUGUCUCUGAUCCUGUUCUUGACGUUAUAACCUAUGUGGGACUGGCAGUAUCUAUUAUAUCACUUAUCAUCUUCCUCAUUAUUGAGUAUUUGGUGUGGGCCGCCGUAGUCAAAACCAAAUUGUCUCACUAUCGGCACACUUGCAUGGUUAACAUUGCUUUCUUCUUAUUGCUGGCUGACAUAAGCUUCCUUGCCUCCGUCGAACCAUCAGCUCUAUCUGCCGAUAUGUGUCUCGCCCUGACAAUUUGCAAGCAUCUUUUCUUUAUGAUUAAAUUCUGCUGGAUGUUGUCUCUAAGCGCCAUGCUUGUCCACCAGCUAAUCUUCGUCUUCAAUCCCCUCCGGAAAAAGGUCUUCAUGUUCUUCUCUAGCUUCGUUGGCUACAUGGUCCCCAUUGUGAUCGUGGGAUCCAGUUAUAUCUACUACAGGUACACCGGCAAACCCUACCACAACAAGGACACGUGCUGGCUGACGUAUGAAAGCCUCCUAGUUGGGUCUUUGCACGCCUUUCUUCUGCCCAUUGGAACCAUCCUAUUGUCGAAUAUUUUCUCCCUGGGCGUUGUGAUCGUGACCCUGCUCAAAUCUUCAAAAAAUGACAGCAGCAAAGGAGAUGAGAAGGACACAGCCAAAAGCAUCAUUAAAGUUAUACUCGUGCUGGCACCAGUGUUUGGUGUGACAUGGUCCAUUGGCUUCUGCCUGGUUGUGUUCAAUUCAUCCAAUCCUGCAUAUCCCUUUUUCAACUACACCUUCACCAUUGUCAAUUCCUUCCAGGGCUUUUUUGUUUUGUUGACUGGGUUCAUGGCAGAACAGAAGGUCAAAGACGAGCUCUAUAAGAUUGUGUGUGGCAAAGGGGACUCAAGUGACAGCACCAAGAAUCUCACCUCCACCAUGUACACAAAGGACAAGUGAUGUCAGACUGAGAAGGAGCAGAAGAGAAGGAGCAAAACACCAGUGACCCCAGCAGAGAUUCUAGCAGAAACAAAAAGUAGUAAAGUUGUGGUUCCCAAACUGAGGUGUGUGUACCACCAUGCAAAUCUUUGGACUGCACACAUAACAAUUUAACAUUAUAUUGUAAAGAA